AUGAACGACAAUGAUAUAUCUAUAAUGAAAAGAAUGGGAUUAACUGAUCAUGAAGUUAUCGAGUUUUUAAAAUUUAGUGCAUAUCACAAAAUUAUUGACUAUGUGAUUAGUCUUGAAAAAAUCUCAAACUCAUUCAAACUAACUGUCCCAACUCAUCCACUACCACCAACCCCUACUCCUAAGGUACCAUUUCGUUCUCGAAGUCUCACAGUAUCUUCAGAAAGAAUAAGUAAUACUCAAAAAGAUGAAGAAAAACGAACCAUUAAAAAGAAAAAACCCUUACUUAGUUUUUCUUCAAUGUUAGAAAGAAAAAGAGUUAAUCCUGAAGAAACUAAAACAAGUGCUAAAGAUGAUUUAACUAUAGCCAAAACAAAAAAUGAAAUAAAACAUGAACGAAGGAAAACUUGUAGUGCUGUAGGAUUAAAUGCAUUAGCACUUAUUUCUAAAUCAACAAUUGUGAUUAAAGAAUGUGAGUAUAAAGAGAUAACAAAAAUUGAAUGUGCAUGUAAGGCAUUUAUUGCACAAAAAGGAUAUGAUUUAGAAACAAUAAAAUUAAGAAGAGAAGCUGUUAAAGAAUUAUAUGAAACAGAAGUAAGUUUUUGUGAUAAAAUGUCAUUAUUGAACACUCACUUUAGAAUACCAAUGAUGCAAUUAAAAAAUAAUGGGUUUAUUCUACAAAAACCAUUUGAUAAUGUUUUUCUUACAUUAGAAGAUUUAAUAAUAUGUAGUAAAAUGUUUAUAGAGAAAUUAAAACCAGUUGUAGAACAUUUUAAUUAUAAUACUUGUUUAGGUAAUUUAAUGGAAGAUUUACUAUCUAACGUAUGGCCGUAUAUUAGAUUUAGCAUUGAUUAUAACAUUGCUCAAAGUGAAUUAAAAUUUUUAAAGACAUAUCCAUGUGUUCAGAAGUUAUUAAAAGAUAAAGCAAAAGAACCUUCUUUAGAUAAUCAAACUAUUGAAGGAUUAUUAAUCCAACCAGUACAAAGAAUCAUGAGGUAUCCAAUACUAUUGAAACAAAUACUAAAACAAACUUCAAAAAGUCACCGAGAUUACAAAACAUUAUUCGAAGCAAAUGCAGAUUAUACUUUUUUCAUUCAUGAAGUAAAUGAACGAGCAAAAUUACGAGAUAAACUUAUCGAAGUCAGUCAAACUUUAAAUGAUAUUAACUUAAUUCAACCAUGGAGAUAUUUUUUAAGAGAGAAUAAAGUAUCAUUAAAUGGAAAACAUAAAAUAGUUUAUUUACUAAAUGACAUGAUUUGUUGGGAGGGUGAUAAAAUUCUAGUUGAUAAUAAAAUAGUAUUAGAAACACCAAAAGCAACAACAUUAAUAGUAAAAAGAAAUCAUGAUUAUAUCAUUCUUAAAUUUGAACAAGAAAGUGAUGCAAAGGAUUGGAAAACAGUGUUAGAUGAUAUUGUGGCAAAUGAUAAAUGGAGAACAAAUAAUGAAAAGAAUUGGUUCUCAACUUUAUGUAAAUUUAAGAGUAGUUGGCUUUAA